AUGAGAUUCAAAGCCACCCUGAUCAAUCAAAAGCUCUUCCUGAACAUUGUGCAAGCGCUCGAGAAAGUGGACAAAAAUGGUCUCAUUCGUCUCAGCAAAUCUAAAAUUCUCUUCGUCUCAAAACAAUCCGAUGGUGAGAAUGUUCAAGUGUACGGAACAGUUGUAGCACAGGCAUUAUUUUCGGAAAUGAAAGUGUCUUCCAAGAUCCGAAACGAAAUUGCAUUUGAAGUACACCUAAAGAAUUUAGCAUCAGCAUUAAAAACUGGUACCAAUGCGCUUUCCACCAUUGUGAAAUUAACAAGAAAGCAUGAUGUUGCAUAUUUAUCUUUUGAAAUUAGAACACAAGUAUCGAAAAAGGAGACAUCCAAUGUUGUACAGGUAGUACAGGAUGUUCCUAUUCGAGUCCUACAACUUGAAGAAAUUCAAGCUAGAAUUGUGGAACCAGAUUACUCUCAAUUUUGUUCCAAUCCUCUCAUGCUAAGUCUACCCAAAUUGAAAGAAAUGAAAUCCGUAAUUGACAAAAUGAAGUCUACACACAAUGGAAACGUAGAUGUUGCAGGCUCACCUUCAGGUCAACUCCGAUUAGUGGUAAAUAGUACUCUAGUGUCAAUUAGAACAAUUUACAAGGGAUUAACUGUGAGGAGAGAAGGUAUGAAUACGAAUGAAGUUUAUACAUCAGAAAUUACUGUCAGAUUGAAAUCUCUUUCUAGAUUCCUUCAUGCUCAUGUCACCAAUCCGACUGAUGUGGAUUGCAUUUUUAUUGACGGCCAUGCCUUAAUCAUGGAUGUUAAACUUGAAACCAGUGGAGUUGAAGAGACAGACAAGAGUUAUCUCACCUAUUAUAUUGCUGCUGUGCAGGAUUGA